CUCAUGGUCGAUGGACACGCCAUCUCUGUCUUCCAGUGUAUGAAGCCAGCAGAGAUCCCAUGGGGCGACGCUGGAGCCAAGUACGUUGUCGAGUCCACUGGAGUCUUCCUCAGUGUGGAGAAGGCCUCCUCUCACCUCCAGGGCGGAGCUCAGCGUGUGGUUGUGUCCGCCCCCUCACCUGAUGCUCCAAUGUUUGUCAUGGGAGUUAACGAGGACAAAUACGACCCCUCCUCCAUGACCAUCGUCAGCAAUGCCUCCUGCACCACCAACUGCCUGGCCCCCCUGGCCAAAGUCAUCCACGAUAACUUUGGCAUUGAGGAGGCUCUCAUGACUACAGUCCAUGCAUACACAGCCACCCAGAAGACAGUGGACGGUCCCAGCGCCAAGGCCUGGCGUGAUGGCCGCGGUGCUCACCAGAACAUCAUUCCAGCCUCCACCGGUGCCGCUAAGGCAGUGGGCAAAGUCAUCCCCGAACUCAACGGUAAGCUGACAGGCAUGGCGUUCAGGGUGCCAGUUGCCGACGUGUCAGUGGUGGAUCUGACAUGCCGUCUGUCCAAGCCUGCAACGUACGCUCAGAUUAAGGAAGCCUGCAAGAAGGCCGCACAUGGGCCCAUGAAGGGAGUGCUGGGUUACACCGAGGACCAGGUGGUGUCCUCUGACUUCAUCGGUGACACCCACUCCUCCAUCUUUGAUGCUGGUGCCGGCAUCUCCCUCAACGACAACUUCGUCAAGCUCAUUUCCUGGUAUGAUAAUGAGUUUGGCUACAGCCACCGUGUUGCUGACCUGCUGCUGUACAUGCACACCAAGGAGUAGACACUUCCUGUCCAAACAGGAAGUCAGGAAAGGGACCACCCCAAUCAUCCUCCCACACCCUCCCAUCUCUUUUACACACCCAUAGCCAAGUCAUAGCAUCGCAGUCCUUAGCUCUAUUACAUUAUACGUAGGCAGCAGCACCAGUGUGUUUGAGUGUUCUGAGUUCAUCUGUUUUUUUCCUUAAAUGACGAGACGAUCGGUUAGUUACAGUAUUUGUGUCUGUGUGCCCCCUCUCCACCUCCCACUGCCACUUUAGAUGUGUCCUUAUGGCUCAGUGCUAUGGUAACUACUGUAUCCAUCUCCCUGUCGGUGUGUUUUAAAGGCUUAAUCACCAGUGGAAAGAGGAUGCUGAGAGGCAGAGCUAGUGUAACUCCGCUUAAGAGUAAUGAGAAAAAGAAAUAAAACUUGAAAAACCUUGG